CUGGGCGAACCGUCGGCAGUCGCGCCGGCGCCGCCGUCGGCGAUGGACCACGACGAGGACAGGUCCUUGUCCCUGGGAACGGAGGUCUCGGCCUCCGUACCCCCUCCGAGUCCUCUCACGGGAUGCUAUCUCCUUGCUGUCAUUGGCGAGCCCCACACUCAAGAGCAUAAGGAAAUUAUUCUGCAGCGCCUCGUUAAAGGCCUGCUAUCAUGGGACGCUGGCGAGCACCAGGUCGAUUUGGAGAAGGAACUGGCCACCCUCACGGCACAGGCACCCGAGGGGGAAGAGGCCAGAUAUGGCGAGCGACUAAUCCAGUACGCUUCAGAAAACCUGGUGACGGAGAUCCUGAUCCACCCACAGAUGAACACGCUGAUGCAGUGUAUGAGGAACCUGCUCAGCUCUUUCACUCGGCACAGACACCUGGUCCACGCCGGUUACACCUUCGCGGGUAACGGCUCUUGGAUCAUGCAGGAUGGUACAUUUUCACUGGCUGACUUCACAGACGCCUACCAAGAGAACGAGGUGCAGCGCGUGAUUCGCGCAUACGAGAACUCCAUUUCUAUUGACAUACAUUGCUCAGUCGCAAAUGGCGAAUGGGCCAAGCUCCCGGACAUGCCGUUCGUUAAGCACUGCAAGAUUCGUGUCAACCCCACUGACAUACUCGACUCUGGCUCGCAAGCCAUUAAGGAUUUUAUCGCGUACCUGGAACCUUACAUCGUUCCAGCCAGCUUGGAACAGCUAUUGGUUCCCAGUGACGUGGUCGGUAACAUUCGAUUCAGCCAUCCCACUCUCUACGUCUUCCCAGGAGGACAGGGUGACGCCGCCCUCUUUGGAAUUAAUGGAUUUAAUAUGCUAGUUGAUGGCGGUUUCUCCCGCAAGGCGUGUUGGUGGGACUUUGCCCGGCAUCUGGACAGACUGGAUGCUGUCCUGUUCACCCGGUUGAACAACUGCUCCAUGUCUGGCAUGGCUGCAGUGUUACACAGGAAAGCUACUGCCAAUGUCUACCCACAGAUCGGACAUUUUUUCUGUAAUCUUGAAGAUCGGCGUGGCGUAUCAAGUCCUGAUGGAGAUAAGGACUUGGAUCCCCUCAUGGUAUCCCUGCUGCAGGCUGGCUCUGACAUGAUGGCUGAUCUUCGACACAUUAACCUUAAACCACAACAUUGCUACCGAAGCCCAGAACCAAUCAACUUGUACCACAAAGUUGGACAUGGCACAUUGGAUAUGUUCGUUUUAAAUCCGUCCAAAGACUCCAAAUAUGUACGAGAUUUUUUAAAAAGGUGGCAUAACAGUGAACAAAAACUUUUUGAAGGUGCUAGUGCAUCUGGACCUUUUAAUUUUCCAAUUCCCAACUUAGUAUCAAUAUGUGCAUUAUUAGUUUGGCGGCCAGCAAAUCCUGAUGACAAUAUAACUAGAAUUAUGUUUCCUGGUUCUACACCACAGCAUAAAAUAUUUGAAGGGUUAGAAAAACUUAAACAUCUUGAAUUUCUUCAACGUCCAACAUAUACAGGACGACAGAUGUCCGCUGCGUCUAAUAUUGCAACAAGCAAAACUAUGGCCACUUUAAGUACUGCUGCACCCAUGAAGACCACAAAAAUCCUAGCUUCCAAGAUAAAUCGAGAGAAGAUUGAAAAAAAAGAUGAAAAGAGUAUUGAGACUGAUCAGGUAUCGAAGUUUGAUAAAAUUAAAGAAGUUUCUAAUAAUGUUAUUGACAAUAAGUUAAUAAGUGAACUUGUUGAUGAAGAGAAUAAGCAAUUAGAAUCUGUUUUAAAUGAGGCCAUCAUAAGUAAUGUGGAAACAAAAUUAGAUGAAAAAAUACUUCCAAAUUACAUCGCAAAAGAUAACAAGCAAAAGAAAGGCAAGAAAAAGGAAAAGUCUACAGAUAUAAAGACCAAACGGAUGGAUAAAACCGACGAAACCAAGGAUACUACUCACUCAAAAUUCGAUACAAAGAAAAUCGAUGUAGACAAUAAAUUAAAAGCUGACGCAAAGAAAAAGUCAGAAAAACCUAAAUCUGAAUUAUAUGCUUCAGUAACAAAAAGUAAACCAAAUCGGAUAACGCAAAAAAGUACAGAUCGAAAAACUACAACUUCCAUAGAUAAGAAAAUUGUGGCUGAUGACAAAAAAUCGCCGCCCACAACACCAAAGAAAUCCGUUGAUGUCAAAAGUCAGUCGCAGUUAGUUAAAGAUAAAGUAAAACUAAAGAGCAGAAAAGUUAGCCCCGGAAGCACACCAGCAAAAAGCGUUAAAGAAGCUAGCAACAGAAGAGUCGUUGAGUCAAAAUAUAAACAAGCUUCGCCAAAACGGGAUUUAAUACAAAAAACUGGCGAAAAAAGAGAACCUAAAUUGAAAAGAGAGCCAAUAUCUAGAAGACCUAGGCCAGUAACAUCGCCAAUUAAGGGACUCAAAUCUGCUAAGAGUCCAUCAAAGAGUAUGAAAGCUUCAAAGGCUGAUACGUCUAAGCUUAUGGGAUUACAAAGAGUUAAUUACGAAGAUAUUUUGAAAGAGGCUAAAAAGUCUGAUGAGGAAACCUCAAAAUCGUUCGAUGAGAUCAAACAACAAGAGUUUGACGAGCGCGAAGAGCAAGAAAUUGUAAGAGAAAUCGAAGCGGUCUUUAAUAGAGAUAGUGAAGUUGAAGAACGAGGAGAAUACGUUGGCAGAUCUGAUAUAGAAAAGAUCACUUGUCUACUUGAUGACACUAAAACAGGAAAUAUUGACGGUGAUUUUGAAGAAGAGUAUUUAAUUAUAGAAAAGGAAGAAGUCGAACAAUAUACAGAAGAUUCUAUCGCUGAAAAAGAAGAUGAUCUACGAAAACACAUAAAAGAUAAAGAGGAAUCUGAAAAGAAGCAAAUCAGUGAAAUCAAAGUGGAUCUCAAGCCUGGAACCAUUACUCAAAAUGUUGACCCUGAUAAACGUCUAGAUUCUAAAGAACAUUCAAUAAGUGUUGAAGAAAAACAAGAUAUUAGCAGUGAAAAAAAGACAUCAGAUAGCAAAAGUGCUGUGAAACCAAAAGACUCCAUUGAUAAUAUAAUACAAGAAUCACAGCCUGAAGAGAAAGUAUCAACCACAAUUGAAUCAGGCGCCACAACAGCACCUACACUACCCGAAGAUGAACGAAUUACGUUAGAUGAUAUAAAAGAAGAUGACUUGGUUGAAGAAAAAUAUGUAAAAGAACAAACCAAGGAAGUUGCCGCCCCCAAAACAUUAAUUGACAUAGAAAAGCUUACUAGCUUCGAUAAAAGUUCUAAAACUCCACAGCAGACACUUAUAAGAGAAAUAGUAAAAACACCUGACGAAGUAGCUGAUUUACCAUUACACGAAGAAGUUGAUUACAGGACUUACGAAGAAAAAAAGACUCCAGUUGGUGAAGAUGUUAGUAAACGUAAAAUUGAUAUACUUCAAAAAGAUAUUAAAGUUCCUAAAGAUCUAGCUAUAAUAAUUAAACCCAAUGCCUCACCUCAAGAACCAAAUACUAUUCAAGAUGUCAUUGUUAGUACCACUCAACGUCUAUCACACCCAGAAUUGGUGACCGUAACCCCGGGUUCUGCCCCUGACUCACCUAUGUAUCAUGAACCCUCUAAGCUUGAAAAAUCUGUAAAAUCUUUGGACCCUGUAAAAGAAUACGAUGAUGAGCGAUAUAAUUUUUCACAAUUUACUGAAAAACUGAGAGAAACACAUAUAACAACUGUUGAUUCACCAAUUAAAGAUGAUAUUGUGGUUAUAGAAGAACUACAUAUGCCUGAAAAGAUACCGUCAAUACCAGAAGAUGUAGAAAAAGAAAUAGAAGAAGCUCAAAUGUUAGAACAAAGUGAAAAACCUCCAAUUAGUCCUAAAGAAGUAGAAAAAAUUGUUGCUGAUGUUGCGGAAGUUUUAAAAUCGGAUAAAUCAUUGGACCAAUUGAUUGCAGAAAAAUCGCCAAUCUUAUUAAAAUCCCCAGAAAAAUUAUUGCCUUGUGAAAAUAUCGCUGAAAUUACAAAAGUUUUCUUGUCUGAUCAAAGAAAAAUAACUUCAAGCAAAUCGAUAAAAGAUAGAGAUGAAUGGCUAGUACUAAAAAGUGUUGAAGUUGAUACUGUUGUUAAAUCAGAUACAACGACUGAGAAAACCCAGAAAGAAGUAUCGCCUAUUAAAUCCCUUACAUCUGAAGAUAUCAGCGACCCUUCAGAAAAAACUGUACUAAGCGAAACAAAAAAAGUAAAGACAGAAAUUCAAGACAAAAAUACUUUAACAUGUGUAUUGCCAGAGGUAGAACAAGAAAGUGAUGGCCAAUUGACAGAAAAACGAGUUAGCAUCACAUUGGAUUCUGCCAAAACAUUAGAAAAGUUAGAAGAAAAGAUGGCGGACCUUAAACAAAUGGAACAAAUUAAAACUACCGAAUUAAUUGCUCCUUCAUUGGACAUUAAAGACAUUAAACAAACAGUUGAUAAAACAAAAGAAAAAAUUCUUGUAAAAGAAAAAGACCAAAUUGAUGAGUCAAUCGAGAAGGAGCCAGCGAGGGAAAAGAAAAAAGAGAGUAAAUCUGUAAUAGGAAGUUUCAUGGAUAAGUUUGACGAGAAGCUAAGCAAAGCUAAAGGUUUGUUUAGUAGAAGGAGUGAUAAAAAUGCUGAAACUUCAAAAGAAAAAAUAAAAAUUGAAGAUACACAUAAAACUGUUCUAGAAACCACUUACAAAGAUCUGACAGAUUUUGAAACAGAUAUGGUAGAAUUGUUGUCUUUUAAUGAAGAUGUACAAAAUUAUUUGACAAACUACAUUAUCUUUGAUGAACCAGAGGAAACAAUUUUAGAGAAAAAAGAGGAGGUCUAUGAAAAUAAUACCAUUAUCAAAAGAUUUACUGUGACACGAGUUAUCAAAACUAAAUUUAUGCAUAAAAAUGGAAUAAUUCAAAAGUUAAAGAUUGUCACUUUAAUAACAACAACAAAUGAAUAUCCCGAUGGUACUAAAUUAAUUGUUAAUGAUGGAAGUGCUAUGUUGACUGAUAUCAACGAUAAAACUGAAUUUCAAAUCAACGAACUAGCUGACUUCACCAUCCUCGAAAAUCAAGAAAUUGAUAAAAAACAAAAAGAAGAAAUUGUCUUAUUAAAGGAUAAACAAAUUAAACAAAAGUUAUCUAUAGUAACGGUAAAAGAUAUACUCGCGACUCGAAACAAACUAAAACACAAAGAAAAACUAACAAUAAAUACCACUAAAGAGAUGUUCAUUAGAGACGUUCCUAUAAUUGUCAAUGUCAUUACAAUUUUUAUUUCAGAUUACAAUUUAAAGACUAAAAUCAUCGACAACAAAAAACUCGCUAAAGUCGUUAUCACAGCAAAACAAACUUUAGACAUAAGUGACUCUACAAUUAUAAUCAAAGAUAAAGAUUUGCAAGUAUUUAAAAAGGACGUAAUAGAAAAGGAUAUAAGUCCAACUAAAGAAGCUUCAUUAAGCCUUAUUCAAGAGACAGAACGAAGAUUAGUAAAAGAACCAUGUCCGGUCAAAGAUGUUCAUAAAAAAGAAGAUGUAAUCCUAUAUACGACAGCAUCAGUUAAAUCAGCUAGCCCAGUUCAAGAGAAAGAACCAAGCCCUGUCAAAGAUGUUACUUUGCUUAGGAAAGAAGUCAUCGAAAUGGAUGUAAGCCCGCCUAAAGAAAUUCCAGAAAAGGCCGCUAGUCCUAUCAGAGACAAAGAACAAAAACUUGCUUUAGACAAAGAACCAAGCCCGGUCAAAGAUGUUUAUAUGACCAAGAAAGACAUCAUCGAAAAGGAUGUAAGCCCAUCUAAAGACAUUCCAGACAAGGCCGCUGGCCCUAUCCAGGACAAAAUAACAAGUCCUGUAUCAGUAAAAGAGUCCAGCCCUGUGAAAGAUGUUUCUUUGACAAAGGAAGAAGUCAUCGAAAAGGAUGUAAGAUCACCUAAAGAAAUUCCAGAAAAGGCCGCCAGUCCUAUCCAGGACAAAGAACAAAAAGAUGUAAGACCGCCUAAAGAAAUUCCAGAAAAGGCCGCUAGUCCCAUUCAUGAUAAAGUUACAAAAAAAGAACCGAGCCCUGUCAAAGAUGUUUAUUUGCCAAAGAAAGAUAUCAUCGAAAAGGAUGUAAGCCCGCCUAAAGAAAUUCCAGAAAAGGCCGCUAGUCCCAUUCAGGACAAAGUUGCAAGUCCUGCUUUAGAAAAGGACGUAAGCCCGGCUGAAGAAAUUCCAGAAAAGGCAGCUAGUCCUAUCCAGGACAAAGAACAAAAACCAGCUUUAGAAAAAGAACCGAGCCCUGUCAAAGAUGUUUCAUUGCCAAAGGAAGAUAUCCUCGAAAAGGAUGUAAGCCCGCUUAAAGAAAUUCCAGAAAAGGCAGCUGCCCCUAUCCAGGACAAAGAACAAAAACCAGCUUUAGACAAAGAACCAAGCCCUGUCAAAGAUGUUUAUUUGCCAAAGAAAGAUAUCAUCGAAAAGGAUGUAAGCCCGCCUAAAGAAAUUCCAGAAAAGGUAGCUAGUCCUAUCCAGGACAAAGAACAAAAACCAGCUUUAGAAAAAGAACCGAGCCCUGUCAAAGAUGUUUCAUUGCCAAAGGAAGAUAUCCUCGAAAAGGAUGUAAGCUCGCUUAAAGAAAUUCCAGAAAAGGCAGCUGCCCCUAUCCAGGACAAAGAACAAAAACCAGCUUUAGACAAAGAACCAAGCCCUGUCAAAGAUGUUUAUUUGCCAAAGAAAGAUAUCAUCGAAAAGGAUGUAAGCCCGCCUAAAGAAAUUCCAGAAAAGGCCGCUAGUCCCAUUCAGGACAAAGUUGCAAGUCCUGCUUUAGAAAAGGACGUAAGCCCGGCUGAAGAAAUUCCAGAAAAGGCAGCUAGUCCUAUCCAGGACAAAGAACAAAAACCAGCUUUAGACAAAGAACCAAGCCCUGUCAAAGAUGUUUCUUUGCCAAAGAAAGAUAUCCUCGAAAAGGAUGUAAGCCCGCCUAAAGAAAUUCCAGAAAAGGCAGCUAGUCCUAUCCAGGACAAAGAACAAAAACCAGCUUUAGACAAAGAACCGAGCCCUAUCAAAGAUGUUUCAUUGCCAAAGGAAGAUAUCCUCGAAAAGGAUGUAAGCCCGCCUAAAGAAAUUCCAGAAAAGGCCGCUAGUCCCAUUCAUGAUAAAGUUACAAGUCCUGCUUUAGAAAAGGACGUAAGCCCGGCUGAAGAAAUUCUAGAAAAGGCAGCUUCUCCUAUCCAGGACAAAGAACAAAAACCAGCUUUAGACAAAGAACCAAGCCCUGUCAAAGAUGUUUCUUUGCCUGUCAAAGAUGUUUCUUUGCCAAAGAAAGAAAUCAUCAAAAAGGAUGUAAGCCCGCCUAAAGAAAUUCCAGAAAAGUCCGCAAUUCUCAUUCAGGACAAAGUUACAAGUCCUGCUUUAGAAAAGGACGUAAGCCCGCCUGAAGAAAUUCUGGAAAAGGUAGCAAGUCCUAUCCAGGACAAAGAACAAAAACCAGCUUUAGACAAAGAACCAAGCCCUGUCAAAGAAGUUUCAUUGCCAAAGAAAGAUAUCCUCGAAAAGGAUGUAAGCCCGCCUAAAGAAAUUCCAGAAAAGGCCGCUAGUCCCAUUGAGGACAAAGUUACAAGUCCUGCUUUAGAAAAGGACGUAAGCCCGGCUGAAGAAAUUCUAGAAAAGGGAACAAGUCCUAUCAAGGACAAAGAACAAAAACCAGCUUUAGACAAAGAACCAAGCCCUGUCAAAGAUGUUUCUUUGCCAAAGAAAGAUAUCAUCGAAAAGGAUGUAAGCCCGCCUAAAGAAAUUCAAGAAAAGGUUGCUAGUCCCAUUCAGGACAAAAUACCAAGACCUGCUGUAGAAAAGGACGUAAGCCCGGCUGAAGAAAUUCUAGAAAAGGCAGCUUCUCCUAUCCAGGACAAAGAACAAAAACCAGUUUUAGUCAAAGAACCAAGCCCUGUCAAAGAUGUUUCUUUGCCAAAGAAAGAUAUCAUCGAAAAGGAUGUAAGCCCACCUAAAGAAAUUCCAGAAAAGGCCGCUAGUCCCAUUCAGGACAAAGUUGCAAGUCCUGCUUUAGAAAAGGACGUAAGCCCGGCUGAAGAAAUUCCAGAAAAGGCAGCUAGUCCUAUCCAGGACAAAGAACAAAAACCAGCUUUAGACAAAGAACCAAGCCCUGUCAAAGAUGUUUCUUUGCCAAAGAAAGAUAUCAUCGAAAAGGAUGUAAGCCCACCUAAAGAAAUUCCAGAAAAGGCCGCUAGUCCCAUUCAGGAUAAAGUUGCAAGUCCUGCUUUAGAAAAGGACGUAAGCCCGGCUGAAGAAAUUCCAGAAAAGGCAGCUAGUCCUAUCCAGGACAAAGAACAAAAACCAGCUUUAGACAAAGAACCAAGCCCUGUCAAAGAUGUUUCUUUGCCAAAGAAAGAUAUCCUCGAAAAGGAUGUAAGCCCGCUUAAAGAAAUUCCAGAAAAGGCCGCUAGUCCCAUUCAGGACAAAGUUACAAGUCCUGCUUUAGAAAAGGACGUAAGCCCGGCUGAAGAAAUUCUAGAAAAGGCAACAAGUCCUAUCAAGGACAAAGAACAAAAACCAGCUUUAGACAAAGAACCAAGCCCUGUCAAAGAUGUUUCUUUGCCAAAGAAAGAUAUCAUCGAAAAGGAUGUAAGCCCGCCUAAAGAAAUUCCAGAAAAGGUUGCUAGUCCCAUUCAGGACAAAAUACCAAGACCUGCUGUAGAAAAGGACGUAAGCCCGGCUGAAGAAAUUCUAGAAAAGGCAGCUUCUCCUAUCCAGGACAAAGAACAAAAACCAGCUUUAGACAAAGAACCAAGCCCUGUCAAAGAUGUUUCUUUGCCAAAGAAAGAUAUCCUCGAAAAGGAUGUAAGCCCGCUUAAAGAAAUUCCAGAAAAGGCCGCUAGUCCCAUUCAGGACAAAGUUACAAGUCCUGCUUUAGAAAAGGACGUAAGCCCGGCUGAAGAAAUUCUAGAAAAGGCAACAAGUCCUAUCCAGGACAAAGAACAAAAACCAGCUUUAGACAAAGAACCGAGCCCUAUCAAAGAUGUUUCUUUGCCAAAGAAAGAUAUCCUCGAAAAGGAUGUAAGCCCGCCUAAAGAAAUUCCAGAAAAGGCCGCUAGUCCCAUUCAGGACAAAGUUGCAAGUCCUGCUUUAGAAAAGGACGUAAGCCCGGCUGAAGAAAUUCCAGAAAAGGCAGCUAGUCCUAUCCAGGACAAAGAACAAAAACCAGCUUUAGACAAAGAACCAAGCCCUGUCAAAGAUGUUUCUUUGCCAAAGAAAGAUGUCCUCGAAAAGGAUGUAAGCCCGCCUAAAGAAAUUCCAGAAAAGGUUGCUAGUCCCAUUCAGGACAAAGUUGUAAGUCCUGCUUUAAAAAAGGACGUAAGCCCGGAUGAAGAAAUUCCAGAAAAGGCAGCUAGUCCUGAUAUCCUCGAAAAGGAUGUAAGCCCGCUUAAAGAAAUUCCAGAAAAGGCCGCUAGUCCCAUUCAGGACAAAGUUACAAGUCCUGCUUUAGAAAAGGACGUAAGCCCGGCUGAAGAAAUUCCAGAAAAGGCAGCUAGUCCUAUCCAGGACAAAGAACAAAAACCAGCUUUAGACAAAGAACCAAGCCCUGUCAAAGAUGUUUCUUUGCCAAAGAAAGAUAUCAUCGCAAAGGAUGUAAGCCCGCCUAAAGAAAUUCCAGAAAAGGCCGCUAGUCCCAUUCAGGACAAAGUUGCAAGUCCUGCUUUAGAAAAGGACGUAAGCCCGGCUGAAGAAAUUCUAGAAAAGGCAACAAGUCCUAUCAAGGACAAAGAACAAAAACCAGCUUUAGACAAAGAACCAAGCCCUGUCAAAGAUGUUUAUUUGCCAAAGAAAGAUAUCAUCGAAAAGGAUGUAAGCCCGCCUAAAGAAAUUCCAGAAAAGGCCGCUAGUCCCAUUCAGGACAAAGUUGCAAGUCCUGCUUUAGUAAAGGACGUAAGCCCGGCUGAAGAAAUUCCAGAAAAGGCAGCUAGUCCUAUCCAGGACAAAGAACAAAAACCAGCUUUAGACAGAGAAACAAGCCCUGUCAAAGAUGACAAAGAACAAAAACCAGCUUUGGACAAAGAAUCGAGCCCUGUCAAAGAUGUUUCAUUGCCAAAGGAAGAUAUCCUCGAAAAGGAUGUAAGCCCGCCUAAAGAAGUUCCAGAAAAGGUUGCUAGUCCCAUUCAGGACAAAGUUGAAAGUCCUGCUUUAGAAAAGGACGUAAGCCCGGCUGAAGAAAUUCUAGAAAAGGCAGCUAGUCCUAUCCAGGACAAAGAACAUAAACCAGCUUUAGACAAAGAACCAAGCCCUGUCAAAGAUGUUUCUUUGCCAAAGAAAGAUAUCCUCGAAAAGGAUGUAAGCCCACCUAAAGAAAUUCCAGAAAAGGCAGCUAGUCCUAUCCAGGACAAAGAACAAAAACCAGCUUUAGAAAAGGACGUAAGCCCGGCUGAAGAAAUUCUAGAAAAGGCAACAAGUCCUAUCAAGGACAAAGAACAAAAACCAGCUUUAGACAAAGAACCAAGCCCUGUCAAAGAUGUUUAUUUGCCAAAGAAAGAUAUCAUCGAAAAGGAUGUAAGCCCGCCUAAAGAAAUUCCAGAAAAGGCUGCUAGUCCCAUUCAGGACAAAGUUGCAAGUCCUGCUUUAGAAAAGGACGUAAGCCCGGCUGAAGAAAUUCCAGAAAAGGCAGCUAGUCCUAUCCAGGACAAAGAACAAAAACCAGCUUUAGACAAAGAACCAAGCCCUGUCAAAGAUGUAAGCCCGCCUAAAGAAAUACCAGAAAAGGAAGCUAGUCCCAUUCAGGACAAAGUUGCAAGUCCUGCUUUAGAAAAGGACGUAAGCCCGGCUGAAGAAAUUCCAGAAAAGGCAGCUAGUCCUAUCCAGGACAAAGAACAAAAACCAGCUUUAGGCAAAGAACCAAGCCCUGUCAAAGAUGUUUCUUUGCCAAAGAAAGAUAUCAUCGAAAAGGAUGUAAGCCCGCCUAAAGAAAUUCCAGAAAAGGCUGCUAGUCCCAUUCAGGACAAAGUUGCAAGUCCUGCUUUAGAAAAGGACGUAAGCCCGGCUGAAGAAAUUCCAGAAAAGGCAGCUAGUCCUAUCCAGGACAAAGAACAAAAACCAGCUUUAGACAAAGAACCAAGCCCUGUCAAAGAUGUCUCUUUGCCAAAGAAAGAUAUCAUCGAAAAGGAUGUAAGCCCGCCUAAAGAAAUUCCAGAAAAGGCUGCUAGUCCCAUUCAGGACAAAGUUGCAAGUCCUGCUUUAGAAAAGGACGUAAGCCCGGCUGAAGAAAUUCCAGAAAAGGCAGCUAGUCCUAUCCAGGACAAAGAACCAAGCCCUGUCAAAGAUGUUUCUUUGCCAAAGAAAGAUAUCCUCGAAAAGGAUGUAAGCCCGCUUAAAGAAAUUCCAGAAAAGGCCGCUAGUCCCAUUCAGGACAAAGUUACAAGUCCUGCUUUAGAAAAGGACGUAAGCCCGGCUGAAGAAAUUCUAGAAAAGGCAGCAAGUCCUAUCCAGGACAAAGAACAAAAACCAGCUUUAGACAAAGAACCAAGCCCUGUCAAAGAUGUUUCUUUGCCAAAGAAAGAUAUCAUCGAAAAGGAUGUAAGCCCGCCUAAAGAAAUACCAGAAAAGGACGCUAGUCCCAUUCAGGACAAAGUUGCAAGUCCUGCUUUAGAAAAGGACGUAAGCCCGGCUGAAGAAAUUCCAGAAAAGGCAGCUAGUCCUAUCCAGGACAAAGAACAAAAACCAGCUUUAGGCAAAGAACCAAGCCCUGUCAAAGAUGUUUCUUUGCCAAAGAAAGAUAUCCUCGAAAAGGAUGUAAGCCCGCCUAAAGAAAUUCCAGAAAAGGCCGCUAGUCCCAUUCAGGACAAAGUUACAAGUCCUGCUUUAGAAAAGGACGUAAGCCCGGCUGAAGAAAUUCUAGAAAAGGUAACAAGUCCUAUCAAGGACAAAGAACAAAAACCAGCUUUAGACAAAGAACCGAGCCCUGUCAAAGAUGUUUCAUUGCCAAAGGAAGAUAUCCUCGAAAAGGAUCCUGUCAAAGAUGUUUCAUUGGCAAAGGAAGAUAUCCUCGAAAAGGAUGUAAGCCCGCCUAAAGAAAUUCCAGAAAAGGCCGCUAGUCCCAUUCAGGACAAAGUUGCAAGUCCUGCUUUAGAAAAGGACGUAAGCCCGGCUGAAGAAAUUUCAGAAAAGGCAGCUAGUCCUAUCCAGGACAAAGAACAAAAACCAGCUUUAGACAAAGAACCGAGCCCUGUCAAAGAUGUUUCAUUGCCAAAGGAAGAUAUCCUCGAAAAGGAUGUAAGCCCGCCUAAAGAAAUUCCAGAAAAGGUUGCUAGUCCCAUUCAGGACAAAGUUACAAGUCCUGCUUUAGAAAAGGACGUAAGCCCGGCUGAAGAAAUUCUAGAAAAGGCAGCUUCUCCUAUCCAGGACAAAGAACAAAAACCAGCUUUAGACAAAGAACCAAGCCCUGUCAAAGAUGUUUCUUUGCCAAAGAAAGAUAUCCUCGAAAAGGAUGUACCAAAGGAAGAUAUCCUCGAAAAGGAUGUAAGCCCGCUUAAAGAAAUUCCAGAAAAGGCCGCUAGUCCCAUUCAGGACAAAGUUAAAAGUCCUGCUUUAGAAAAGGACGUAAGCCCGGCUGAAGAAAUUCUAGAAAAGGCAGCUUCUCCUAUCCAGGACAAAGAACAAAAACCAGCUUUAGACAAAGAACCAAGCCCUGUCAAAGAUGUUUCUUUGCCAAAGAAAGAUAUCAUCGAAAAGGAUGUAAGCCCGCCUAAAGAAAUUCCAGAAAAGGCCGCUAGUCCCAUUAUGGACAAAGUACCAAGUCCUGCAUUCGAAAAGGAUGUAAGCCAGGCUGAAGAAAUUCUAGAAAAGGCAUCUUCUCCUAUCCAGGACAAAGAACAAAAACCAGCUUUAGACAAAGAACCGAGCCCUGUCAAAGAUGUUUCAUUGCCAAAGGAAUAUAUCCUCGAAAAGGAUGUAAGCCCGCCUAAAGAAAUUCCAGAAAAGGCAGCUAGUCCUAUCCAGGACAAAGAACAAAAACCAGCUUUAGACAAAGAAUCGAAAAAGGUUGCUAGUCCCAUUCAGGACAAAGUACCAAGUCCUGCUUUCGAAAAGGAUGUAAGCCCGGCUGAAGAAAUUCUAGAAAAGGCAGCUUCUCCUAUCCAGGACAAAGAACAAAAACCAGCUUUAGACAAAGAACCAAGCCCUGUCAAAGAUGUUUAUUUGCCAAAGAAAGAUAUCAUCGAAAAGGAUGUAAGCCCGCCUAAAGAAAUUCCAGAAAAGGCCGCUAGUCCCAUUCAGGACAAAGUUGCAAGUCCUGCUUUAGUAAAGGACGUAAGCCCGGCUAAGGAAAUUCCAGAAAAGGCAGCUAGUCCUAUCCAGGACAAAGAACAAAAACCAGCUUCAGACAAAGAAACAAGCCCUGUCAAAGAUCCUGUCAAAGAUGUUUCAUUGGCAAAGGAAGAUAUCCUCGAAAAGGAUGUAAGCCCGCCUAAAGAAAUUCCAGAAAAGGCCGCUAGUCCCAUUCAGGACAAAGUUGCAAGUCCUGCUUUAGAAAAGGACGUAAGCCCGGCUGAAGAAAUUCCAGAAAAGGCAGCUAGUCCUAUCAAGGACAAAGAACAAAAACCAGCUUUAGACAAAGAACCAAGCUCUGUCAAAGAUGUUUCUUUGCCAAAGAAAGAUAUCAUCGAAAAGGAUGUAAGCCCGCCUAAAGAAAUUCCAGAAAAGGCCGCUAGUCCCAUUCAGGACAAAGUACCAAGUCCUGCUUUCGAAAAGGAUGUAAGCCAGGCUGAAGAAAUUCUAGAAAAGGCAUCUUCUCCUAUCCAGGACAAAGAACAAAAACCAGCUUUAGACAAAGAACCAAGCCCUGUCAAAGAUGUUUCAUUGGCAAAGGAAGAUAUCCUCGAAAAGGAUGUAAGCCCGCCUAAAGAAAUUCCAGAAAAGGCCGCUAGUCCCAUUCAGGACAAAGUUGCAAGUCCUGCUUUAGAAAAGGACGUAAGCCCGGCUGAAGAAAUUUCAGAAAAGGCAGCUAGUCCUAUCCAGGACAAAGAACAAAAACCAGCUUUAGACAAAGAACCGAGCCCUGUCAAAGAUGUUUCAUUGCCAAAGGAAGAUAUCCUCGAAAAGGAUGUAAGCCCGCCUAAAGAAAUUCCAGAAAAGGUUGCUAGUCCCAUUCAGGACAAAGUUACAAGUCCUGCUUUAGAAAAGGACGUAAGCCCGGCUGAAGAAAUUCUAGAAAAGGCAGCUUCUCCUAUCCAGGACAAAGAACAAAAACCAGCUUUAGACAAAGAACCAAGCCCUGUCAAAGAUGUUUCUUUGCCAAAGAAAGAUAUCCUCGAAAAGGAUGUAGUUUCAUUGCCAAAGAAAGAUAUCCUCGAAAAGGAUGUAAGCCCGCCUAAAGAAAUUCCAGAAAAGGUUGCUAGUCCCAUUCAGGACAAAGUACCAAGUCCUGCUUUCGAAAAGGAUGUAAGCCCGGCUGAAGAAAUUCUAGAAAAGGCAGCUUCUCCUAUCCAGGACAAAGAACAAAAACCAGCUUUAGACAAAGAACCAAGCCCUGUCAAAGAUGUUUAUUUGCCAAAGAAAGAUAUCAUCGAAAAGGAUGUAAGCCCGCCUAAAGAAAUUCCAGAAAAGGCCGCUAGUCCCAUUCAGGACAAAGUUGCAAGUCCUGCUUUAGUAAAGGACGUAAGCCCGGCUAAGGAAAUUCCAGAAAAGGCAGCUAGUCCUAUCCAGGACAAAGAACAAAAACCAGCUUCAGACAAAGAAACAAAAAUUCCAGAAAAGGCCGCUAGUCCCAUUAUGGACAAAGUACCAAGUCCUGCAUUCGAAAAGGAUGUAAGCCAGGCUGAAGAAAUUCUAGAAAAGGCAUCUUCUCCUAUCCAGGACAAAGAACAAAAACCAGCUUUAGACAAACCGAGCCCUGUCAAAGAUGUUUCUUUGCCAAAGAAAGAUAUCAUCGAAAAGGAUGUAAGCCCGCCUAAAGAAAUUCCAGAAAAGGCCGCUAGUCCCAUUAUGGACAAAGUACCAAGUCCUGCAUUCGAAAAGGAUGUAAGCCAGGCUGAAGAAAUUCUAGAAAAGGCAUCUUCUCCUAUCCAGGACAAAGAACAAAAACCAGCUUUAGACAAAGAAAAGGAUGUAAGCCCGCCUAAAGAAAUUCCAGAAAAGGUUGCUAGUCCCAUUCAGGACAAAGUUACAAGUCCUGCUUUAGAAAAGGACGUAAGCCCGGCUGAAGAAAUUCUAGAAAAGGCAGCUUCUCCUAUCCAGGACAAAGAACAAAAACCAGCUUUAGACAAAGAACCAAGCCCUGUCAAAGAUGUUUCUUUGCCAAAGAAAGAUAUCCUCGAAAAGGAUGUAAGCCCGCCUAAAGAAAUUCCAGAAAAGGCAGCUAGUCCUAUCCAGGACAAAGAACAAAAACCAGCUUUAGACAAAGAACCAAGCCCUGUCAAAGAUGUUUCAUUGCCAAAGGAAGAUAUCCUCGAAAAGGAUGUAAGCCCGCUUAAAGAAAUUCCAGAAAAGGCCGCUAGUCCCAUUCAGGACAAAGUUAAAAGUCCUGCUUUAGAAAAGGACGUAAGCCCGGCUGAAGAAAUUCUAGAAAAGGCAGCUUCUCCUAUCCAGGACAAAGAACAAAAACCAGCUUUAGACAAAGAACCAAGCCCUGUCAAAGAUGUUUCUUUGCCAAAGAAAGAUAUCAUCGAAAAGGAUGUAAGCCCGCCUAAAGAAAUUCCAGAAAAGGCCGCUAGUCCCAUUAUGGACAAAGUACCAAGUCCUGCAUUCGAAAAGGAUGUAAGCCAGGCUGAAGAAAUUCUAGAAAAGGCAUCUUCUCCUAUCCAGGACAAAGAACAAAAACCAGCUUUAGACAAAGAACCAAGCAAAGUUAUCCUCGAAAAGGAUGUAAGCCCGCCUAAAGAAAUUCCAGAAAAGGUUGCUAGUCCCAUUCAGGACAAAGUACCAAGUCCUGCUUUCGAAAAGGAUGUAAGCCCGGCUGAAGAAAUUCUAGAAAAGGCAGCUUCUCCUAUCCAUGACAAAGAACAAAAACCAGCUUUAGACAAAGAACCAAGCCCUGUCAAAGAUGUUUCUUUGCCAAAGAAAGAUAUCCUCGAAAAGGAUGUAAGCCCGCCUAAAGAAAUUCCAGAAAAGGCAGCUAGUCCUAUCCAGGACAAAGAACAAAAACCAGCUUUAGACAAAGAACCAAGCCCUGUCAAAGAUGUUUCUUUGCCAAAGAAAGAUAUCCUCGAAAAGGAUGUAAGCCCGCUUAAAGAAAUUCCAGAAAAGGCCGCUAGUCCCAUUCAGGACAAAGUUACAAGUCCUGCUUUAGAAAAGGACGUAAGCCCGGCUGAAGAAAUUCUAGAAAAGGCAACAAGUCCUAUCCAGGACAAAGAACAAAAACCAGCUUUAGACAAAGAACCAAGCCCUGUCAAAGAUGUUUCUUUGGAAGCUAGUCCCAUUCAGGACAAAGUUGCAAGUCCUGCUUUAGAAAAGGACGUAAGCCCGGCUGAAGAAAUUCCAGAAAAGGCAGCUAGUCCUAUCCAGGACAAAGAACAAAAACCAGCUUUAGGCAAAGAACCAAGCCCUGUCAAAGAUGUUUCUUUGCCAAAGAAAGAUAUCAUCGAAAAGGAUGUAAGCCCGCCUAAAGAAAUUCCAGAAAAGGCUGCUAGUCCCAUUCAGGACAAAGUUGCAAGUCCUGCUUUAGAAAAGGACGUAAGCCCGGCUGAAGAAAUUCCAGAAAAGGCAGCUAGUCCUAUCCAGGACAAAGAACAAAAACCAGCUUUAGACAAAGAACCAAGCCCUGUCAAAGAUGUCUCUUUGCCAAAGAAAGAUAUCAUCGAAAAGGAUGUAAGCCCGCCUAAAGAAAUUCCAGAAAAGGCUGCUAGUCCCAUUCAGGACAAAGUUGCAAGUCCUGCUUUAGAAAAGGACGUAAGCCCGGCUGAAGAAAUUCCAGAAAAGGCAGCUAGUCCUAUCCAGGACAAAGAUCAAAAACCAGCUUUAGACAAAGAACCAAGCCCUGUCAAAGAUGUUUCUUUGCCAAAGAAAGAUAUUCUCGAAAAGGAUGUAAGCCCGCCUAAAGAAAUUCCAGAAAAGGCAGCUAGUCCUAUCCAGGACAAAGAACAAAAACAAGCUUUAGACAAAGAACCAAGCCCUGUCAAAGAUGUUUCUUUGCCAAAGAAAGAUAUCCUCGAAAAGGAUGUAAGCCCGCCUAAAGAAAUUCCAGAAAAGGCAGCUAGUCCUAUCCAGGACAAAGAACAAAAACCAGCUUUAGACAAAGAACCAAGCCCUGUCAAAGAUGUUUCUUUGCCAAAGAAAGAUAUCCUCGAAAAGGAUGUAAGCCCGCUUAAAGAAAUUCCAGAAAAGGCCGCUAGUCCCAUUCAGGACAAAGUUACAAGUCCUGCUUUAGAAAAGGACGUAAGCCCGGCUGAAGAAAUUCUAGAAAAGGCAACAAGUCCUAUCCAGGACAAAGAACAAAAACCAGCUUUAGACAAAGAACCAAGCCCUGUCAAAGAUGUUUCUUUGCCAAAGAAAGAUAUCAUCGAAAAGGAUGUAAGCCCGCCUAAAGAAAUACCAGAAAAGGACGCUAGUCCCAUUCAGGACAAAGUUGCAAGUCCUGCUUUAGAAAAGGACGUAAGCCCGGCUGAAGAAAUUCCAGAAAAGGCAGCUAGUCCUAUCCAGGACAAAGAACAAAAACCAGCUUUAGGCAAAGAACCAAGCCCUGUCAAAGAUGUUUCUUUGCCAAAGAAAGAUAUCCUCGAAAAGGAUGUAAGCCCGCCUAAAGAAAUUCCAGAAAAGGCCGCUAGUCCCAUUCAGGACAAAGUUACAAGUCCUGCUUUAGAAAAGGACGUAAGCCCGGCUGAAGAAAUUCUAGAAAAGGUAACAAGUCCUAUCAAGGACAAAGAACAAAAACCAGCUUUAGACAAAGAACCGAGCCCUGUCAAAGAUGUUUCAUUGCCAAAGGAAGAUAUCCUCGAAAAGGAUCCUAAAGAAAUUCCAGAAAAGGCAGCUAGUCCUAUCCAGGACAAAGAACAAAAACCAGCUUUAGACAAAGAACCAAGCCCUGUCAAAGAUGUUUCAUUGCCAAAGGAAGAUAUCCUCGAAAAGGAUGUAAGCCCGCCUAAAGAAAUUCCAGAAAAGGCCGCUAGUCCCAUUCAGGACAAAGUUAAAAGUCCUGCUUUAGAAAAGGACGUAAGCCCGGCUGAAGAAAUUCUAGAAAAGGCAGCUUCUCCUAUCCAGGACAAAGAACAAAAACCAGCUUUAGACAAAGAACCAAGCCCUGUCAAAGAUGUUUCUUUGCCAAAGAAAGAUAUCAUCGAAAAGGAUGUAAGCCCGCCUAAAGAAAUUCCAGAAAAGGCCGCUAGUCCCAUUAUGGACAAAGUACCAAGUCCUGCAUUCGAAAAGGAUGUAAGCCAGGCUGAAGAAAUUCUAGAAAAGGCAUCUUCUCCUAUCCAGGACAAAGAACAAAAACCAGCUUUAGACAAAGUUUCAUUGCCAAAGAAAGAUAUCCUCGAAAAGGAUGUAAGCCCGCCUAAAGAAAUUCCAGAAAAGGUUGCUAGUCCCAUUCAGGACAAAGUACCAAGUCCUGCUUUCGAAAAGGAUGUAAGCCCGGCUGAAGAAAUUCUAGAAAAGGCAGCUUCUCCUAUCCAGGACAAAGAACAAAAACCAGCUUUAGACAAAGAACCAAGCCCUGUCAAAGAUGUUUAUUUGCCAAAGAAAGAUAUCAUCGAAAAGGAUGUAAGCCCGCCUAAAGAAAUUCCAGAAAAGGCCGCUAGUCCCAUUCAGGACAAAGUUGCAAGUCCUGCUUUAGUAAAGGACGUAAGCCCGGCUAAGGAAAUUCCAGAAAAGGCAGCUAGUCCUAUCCAGGACAAAGAACAAAAACCAGCUUCAGACAAAGAAACAAGCCCUGUCAAAGAUAAACCAGCUUUAGACAAAGAAUCGAGCCCUGUCAAAGAUGUUUCAUUGCCAAAGGAAGAUAUCCUCGAAAAGGAUGUAAGCCCGCCUAAAGAAAUUCCAGAAAAGGUUGCUAGUCCCAUUCAGGACAAAGUACCAAGUCCUGCUUUCGAAAAGGAUGUAAGCCCGGCUGAAGAAAUUCUAGAAAAGGCAGCUUGUCCUAUCCAGGACAAAGAACAAAAACCAGCUUUAGACAAAGAACCAAGCCCUGUCAAAGAUGUUUCUUUGCCAAAGAAAGAUAUCCUCGAAAAGGAUGUAAGCCCGCCUAAAGAAAUUCCAGAAAAGGUUGCUAGUCCCAUUCAAGACAAAAUACCAAGACCUGCUGUAGAAAAGGACGUAAGCCCGGCUGAAGAAAUUCUAGUAAAGGCAGCUUCUCCUAUCCAGGACAAAGAACAAAAACCAGCUUUAGACAAAGAACCAAGCCCUGUCAAAGAUGUUUCUUUGCCGAAGAAAGAAGUCAUAGAAAAAUAUGUAGGCCUUGCUGAAGAAAUUCCAGAAAAGGCCGCUAGUCCUAUCCAGGACAAAGAACAAAAACCAGCUUUAGACAAAGAAACAAGCCCUGUCACAGAUGUUUCUUUGCCAAAGAAAGAUAUCAUCCAAAAGGAUGUAAGCCCGCUUAAAGAAAUUCCAGAUAAGGCCGCUAGUCCCAUCCAGGACAAAGUUACAAGUCCUGCUUUAGAAAAGGACGUAAGCCCGGCUGAAGAAAUUCCAGAAAAGGCAGCUUCUCCUAUCCAGGACAAAGAACAAAAACCAGCUUUAGACAAAGAACCAAGCACUGUCAAAGAUGUUUAUUUGCCAAAGAAAGAUAUCAUCGAAAAGGAUGUAAGCCCGCCUAAAGAAAUUCCAGAAAAGGCCGCUAGUCCCAUUCUGGACAAAGUUCCAAGUCCUGCUUUAGAAAAAGAACCAAGCCCUGUCAAAGACAUUUCUUUGACAAAGAAAGAAGUCAUAGAAAAAGAUGUAAGCCCGCUUAAAGAAAUUCCAGAAAAGUCCGCUAGUCCCAUUCAGGACAAAGUACCAAGUCCUGCUUUAGAAAAGGACGUAAGCCCGGCUGAUGAAAUUCUUGAAAAGGCAGCAAGUCCUAUCCAGGACAAAGAACAUAAACCAGCUUUAGACAAAGAACCAAGCCCUGUCAAAGAUGUUUCUUUGCCAAAGAAAGAUAUCAUCGAAAAGGAUGUAAGCCCGCCUAAAGAAAUUCCAGAAAAGGCCGCUAGUCCCAUUCUGGACAAAGUUCCAAGUCCAGCUUUAGAAAAAGAACCAAGCCCUGUCAAAGACAUUUCUUUGACAAAGAAAGAAGUCAUAGAAAAAGAUGUAAGCCCGCUUAAAGAAAUUCCAGAAAAGGCCGCUAGUCCCAUUCAGGACAAAGUACCAAGUCCUGCUUUAGAAAAGGACGUAAGCCCGGCUGAAGAAAUUCUUGAAAAGGCAGCAAGUCCUAUCCAGGACAAAGAACAUAAACCAGCUUUAGACAAAGAACCAAGCCCUGUCAAAGAUGUUUCAUUGCCAAAGGAAGAUAUCCUCGAAAAGGAUGUAAGCCCGCCUAAAGAAAUUCCAGAAAAGGUUGCUAGUCCCAUUCAGGACAAAGUACCAAGUCCUGCUUUCGAAAAGGAUGUAAGCCCGGCUGAAGAAAUUCUAGAAAAGGCAGCUUCUCCUAUCCAGGACAAAGAACAAAAACCAGCUUUAGACAAAGAACCAAGCCCUGUCAAAGAUGUUUCUUUGCCAAAGAAAGAUAUCCUCGAAAAGGAUGUAGACAAAGUUGCAAGUCCUGCUUUAGAAAAGGACGUAAGCCCGGCUGAAGAAAUUCCAGAAAAGGCAGCAAAUGUUUCAUUGGCAAAGGAAGAUAUCCUCGAAAAGGAUGUAAGCCCGCCUAAAGAAAUUCCAGAAAAGGCCGCUAGUCCCAUUCAGGACAAAGUUGCAAGACCUGCUGUAGAAAAGGACGUAAGCCCGGCUGAAGAAAUUCUAGUAAAGGCAGCUUCUCCUAUCCAGGACAAAGAACAAAAACCAGCUUUAGACAAAGAACCAAGCCCUGUCAAAGAUGUUUCUUUGCCAAAGAAAGAUAUCAUCCAAAAGGAUGUAAGCCCGCUUAAAGAAAUUCCAGAUAAGGCCGCUAGUCCCAUCCAGGACAAAGUUACAAGUCCUGCUUUAGAAAAGGACGUAAGCCCGGCUGAAGAAAUUCCAGAAAAGGCAGCUUCUCCUAUCCAGGACAAAGAACAAAAACCAGCUUUAGACAAAGAACCAAGCACUGUCAAAGAUGUUUAUUUGCCAAAGAAAGAUAUCAUCGAAAAGGAUGUAAGCCCGCCUAAAGAAAUUCCAGAAAAGGCCGCUAGUCCCAUUCUGGACAAAGUUCCAAGUCCUGCUUUAGAAAAAGAACCAAGCCCUGUCAAAGACAUUUCUUUGACAAAGAAAGAAGUCAUAGAAAAAGAUGUAAGCCCGCUUAAAGAAAUUCCAGAAAAGGCCGCUAGUCCCAUUCAGGACAAAGUACCAAGUCCUGCUUUAGAAAAGGACGUAAGCCCGGCUGAAGAAAUUCUUGAAAAGGCAGCAAGUCCUAUCCAGGACAAAGAACAUAAACCAGCUUUAGACAAAGAACCAAGCCCUGUCAAAGAUGUUUCUUUGCCAAAGAAAGAUAUCAUCGAAAAGGAUGUAUGCCCGCCUAAAAAAAUUCCAGAAAAGGCCGCUAGUCCCAUUCUGGACAAAGUUUCAAGUCCUGCUUUAGAAAAGGACGUAAGCCCGGCUGAAGAAAUUCUAGAAAAAGCAGCAAGUCCUAUCCAGGAGAAAGAACAGAAACCAGCUUUAGACAAGGAACCAAGCCCUGUCAAAGAUGUUUCUUUGCCAAAGAAAGAUUUCCUCGAAAAGGAUGUAAGCCCGCCUAAAGAAAUUUCAGAAAAGGCCGCUAGUCCCAUUCAGGAAAAAAUACCAAGACCUGGUUUAGAAAAGGACGUAAGCCCGGCUGAAGAAAUUCCAGAAAAGGCAGUUAUUCCUAUCCAGGACAAAGUACCAAGUCCUGCUUUAGAAAAGGACGUAAGCCCGGCUGAAGAAAUUCUAGAAAAGGCAACAAGUCCUAUCCAGGACAAAGAACAAAAACCAGCUUUAGACAAAGAACCUAGCCCUGUCAAAGAUGUUUCUUUGCCAAAGAAAGAUAUCCUCGAAAAGGAUGUAAGCCCGUCUAAAGAAAUUCCAGAAAAGGCAGUUAUUCCUAUCCAGGACAAAGUACCAAGUCCUCAUUUAGAAAAGGACGUAAGCCCGGCUGAAGAAAGUCUAGAAAAGGCAGCAAGUCCUAUCCAGGACAAAGAACAAAAACCAGCUUUAGACAAAGCUAUCCUCGAAAAGGACGUAAGCCCGGCUGAAGAAAUUCUAGAAAAGGCAACAAGUCCUAUCCAGGACAAAGAACAAAAACCAGCUUUAGACAAAGAACCUAGCCCUGUCAAAGAUGUUUCUUUGCCAAAGAAAGAUAUCCUCGAAAAGGAUGUAAGCCCGUCUAAAGAAAUUCCAGAAAAGGCAGUUAUUCCUAUCCAGGACAAAGUACCAAGUCCUCAUUUAGAAAAGGACGUAAGCCCGGCUGAAGAAAGUCUAGAAAAGGCAGCAAGUCCUAUCCAGGACAAAGAACAAAAACCAGCUUUAGACAAAGCUAUCCUCGAAAAGGAUGUAAGCCCAGCUGAAGAAAUUCCAGAAAAGGCAGCUAGUGUCAUCCAGGACAUAGCACCAAGUCCUGCUUUAGACAAAGUACCAAGGCCUGUCAAAGACAUUUCUUUGCCAAAGAAAGCUAUCCUUGAAAAUGAUGUAAGCCUAGCUGAUGAAAUUACAGAAAAGGCAGCUAGUCCCAUCCAGGACAAAGCACCAAGUCCAGCUUUAGACAAAUUACCAAGCCCUGCUUUAGACAAAGUACCAAGCCCUGCUUUAGACAAAGUACCAAGCCCUGCUUUAGAUAUAGUACCAAGCCCUGUCAAAGACGUUUCUUUGCCAAAGAAAGCUAUCCUCGAAAAGGAUGUAAGCCCGCCUAAAGAAAUUCCAGAAAAGGCAGUUAUUCCUAUCCAGGACAAAGAACAAAAAUCAGCUUUAGACAAAGAACCAAGCCCUGUCAAGUAUGUUCCUUUGACAAAGAAAGCUAUCCUCGAAAAGGAUGUUAGCCCAGCAGAAGAAUUUCCAGAAAAGGCAACUAGUCCCAUUCUGGACAAAGUUCCAAGUCCUGCUUUAGAAAAGGAUGUAAGUCUUAUCCUGGACAAAGAACCAAGUCCUACUCUAGAAAAAGAACCAAGCCCUGUCAUAGAUGUUUCUAUGACGAAGAAAGAUAUCGUCGAAAAGGAUGUAAGCCCGCCUAAAGAAAUUACUGCAAAAUCGACUAGCCCUGUCAAAGACAAAGAGGCGACUCCUGUUUCAGAAAAAGAAACAAGUCCGGUUAGAGAUAUUUCUAUGACCAAAGACGAUGUCAUAGAUAAAGAUGUAAGCCCGCCUAAAGAAAUUACAGAAAAGGCUGAUAUUCCUGUCAAGGACAAAGAACCAAGUCUUUCUUUAGAAAACGAACCAAGCCCUGUCAAAGAUGUUUCUUCGACAAAGAAAGAUGUCAUAGGAAAGGAUGUAAGCCCGCCUAAAGAAAUUCCAGACAUGGCCGCUAGCCCUAUUCAGGACGAAGAACCUAAAAUUGCUUUAGAAAAAAAACCAAGCCGUGUCAAAGAUGCUUCUUUGACUAAGGGAUAUCUCACCGAAAAAGAUGCAAAGCUGCCUAAAGAUCUUGAAAAGUCAGUUGGCCCUAUUCAAGAGAAACUCAGGGGUUCUCCUUUAGAAAUGGAAUCAUGUUCUGUCACAGAUAUCUUUUUGAAAAAUGAUGUAGUAAUCGAAAAGGAUGUUAACAAAACUAUUACGGGAGUUGAAGAAAACAAAAAUAUGAAUUUAAGUAGUGAUGUUUUGGAAACUACUUCGUGUACUAAAAAAGCUUAUUCAAUAAAAGAGGAGUUGGAGAAAUACAGAUAUGAUUCUAAUGAAAUUUUUGAAACGUCUUCCUUCAAUGUUGUAGAUAGAAUGUUAAGUAAGAAAGAUAUUCAUCACAAUGGACAUAGCGACUUAUUAGAUAAGAAUAUAAGAACUAUUAACUCAUCCUCAAGUCUUUUUACUGAACGAUCAAAAUCAUUCAGUAGUUCUGAAGAUGUUUCUAAAGAAGUAAGCUUGGAAGAAAAAUAUAGUUUUGAAAGUACAGAGAAAGAAAAGACAGUUGGUACUAUCUAUAAAGAAAUUACUGAAGAUAAAUGUUAUUCUAAAGGUAUAAAUGAACAAAACUUUACGAAAAAUUUUGAAACUAAAUUACCUACUUUAGAUAAAUCAGCGCAACUUAUUGAAUCCAUUCAAAAAGCUUUUGGCGACGAAAGUAUACAGCAAGGUAUUAAAACAGAAAGCACUGAAUCACUGGCUGUUCAUUCAUUCGACAGAGUUUCAACACCACCUACAGUGCCUGUGAGUCCGUUGCCUAAAACUUUAGGAGCUUUUCACGACGUCAAAGUAAGUGAAGGUGUUCAAAGUGAAAUAUCUUAUGAUAGAUCAGACGGAAGUGACGAAACUAUCACAAAAACAGUUCACGUGGGUGAAGAUGUACUUACCCAAAGAAUAUCUACUUCAACUGAAAAGGUUCCAAAAAGUGCUAAGAGUUCUGAUAUAACCAAAAGCUUAGAUUUACAGGCUUUAACUCAAACUGUAGGAAAAAUCAAAACGGAGACCGACACUGUAACUAAGGUCAUUAAAGAAGGUGAAAAUGUGGUAACCCAAACUAUCACAACAGUAACAACAAAGGAAGUUAUUUCAAAAGAAGAUGGGACUCCACAAAAUGUUAAAACGACAAUAGAAACUACAACAUUAUGUAAAAGUUCUGAUGGAUCAACAACAACAACCAAAGAUACCCAAACAGUGUUAUCCGAAUGUUCUUCAACUCUAAAAUCUACUUCACAUAUGGAUGUUGAUGGCAUAAAUGACAUUAAAAUGGUAGCUAACGGCCAUAUAAAAAGAAGUAAUGUUUUCGAUGAUGAUAAUUUAGUAAAUUUACCUGUUAAAUUAACUGCACCUGCUAAAAUUUCAAAUGAUGAUAGUGAAGAUGUAACAAUUAAUACUGAUGUUAGUAAACGAGUUAUACAGGAUAAUGGGAUUGAUAUAAUAGAGACUGUUACGACGGUAACAAAAAAAGAAAUAUUCGAAUCUGAAGAUAACAAAAAAGUUUCGAAAACAACAGUUGAAACUAAUGUUACAAAAGAAAAACCGGAUGGUUGUAAAGAUGAACAGAAAAUGGUCGAAGUUAAAACUGAAGAAAUUCUGACAGAUGUAACAAGUAAUAUUGAUAAUAUUUUGAGCAAUUUGAAAGUUUUUGAAAUUCCGGAAGAAAGCAUUACCACGUCCGCUGAAGAAAUUCAAGAUGAAAAUAUUUUAAUUAAACGCAUUACAUCCAUAAAAACUAUCAAAACAAAAUAUGCGGAUCAAUAUAACAAUCUUAAAAAGUUAAAAACAGUUACAAUAGUAAGCACCACUGAUCAAUAUCCUGAUGGUUCAUCAAACACGAAAGUUAAUACAAGCAUAUCUUUAACAGAUUUAUGUGUAUCUGAAGUUGAUAAUAGUAAUGAACUUAAAGAUUUUACAUGCUUAGAAGAUAGACAAGUAAAUGUGGAAAAACAGGAAAGAACUUGUGUAGUUAACGGUGAAAAUAUAAAACAGCUUGUCACUACCACAACAACCAGUGAGGUAUUAUCUAAACUUGACAAAAGCCAGAGGAAAUUAAAGAGAACUAUUGAAACUGUGACAGAAUCUACUUUACCCAGUGGAUUCUUAGAAGUUACUAAAGACGUUAGCAUUUCAAUAUCGGAUUAUCUAACAGAGGCUGAUAAACAACACUUCGAGGGUUUUACGUUGCUAUGUCAACCUAAAGAGGAAACUACUACAUCUCGUGAAAAUAUUGAAAUAAAUGGAGUAUUAAUAAAACGUCAAAUAACUACAACUAAAACUUAUGAGGAGUUUUUGGAUGAAGUUCAAAAUCUCAAAAAAACUAAAACUAUCAUAAAAGAGGUUACUGAAGACGAGUAUCCAGAUGGCUCAAUUAUAUCAAAAACUAGUGAAAAAGUGUCAGUUUUUGACGAACCUUAUGAAGAAAAAUUUGUCGAUGAUAUAAAUACAAAGAUGCAAUCAAAAGAAGAUUUAUUAAAAAUAUCUUAUCUAAACUCAUCGCAAAACUCCAAUUUACUUUUAACGGAACAAACAGUUGAGGACUUAGAGCGACUAGAACACAUGGGUAAAGAUAUUCAUACCGACACAAAAGAAGCGUAUGUUUUGCGUGAUGGAAAAUCACUACGACAAAUCAUUAAAACUACUACAACAAAAGAACUAAUGUCAUCUGAAGAUGACGCAAGAAAAAAAAUAAAAACAACUGUAGAAACAAUCACAGAAACUGAGUUACCCAAUGGAAGUACGGAAGUUGUUAAAGAUGUUAAAGUUUCAAUAGCUGAAUAUGGAAAUAGUAUUUCCGAAGAAAAUUUACAUGGUUAUUUUAUAAUUGGAGAGCCAGAUAUAAAGACAGAAUCAUUUUCAGAGCGCGUUGUUGACAAAGGAACUGAAAUUACAAGAAGAACUACUGUAACUACUACCAAUCAAAUGUUUCAAAAUACCAUAAAAAUGAAUAGAAGACUUAAAACUGUAGUUGUAACUAUUACAGAAGACGCCUAUCCUGAUGGCACUGUUUUAACAAAAAAAAGUGAAAAAAUAUCUGUCGCCGAUAUAUCAUCUGAUAAUCUGCCGACAGAUGAACCAGAAUGUGUAGAUCAUAAGGGUGAUUUAGAAACUGUCGAGGCUACGACUGAAGAAUCAGAUGUAAAAAAAGAAAUAGUUCUUAAAGACUCUGCAAAAAUUAACCGAACCAUAACUACUAAAACUAAGCGAGAAACUUUGGGUUCCCAAGAUAAAAAUAUACGGCGAUUACGAACAACUGUUGAAACAAUAACAGAAGAAGAGUACCCAGAUGGAUCCGUUGAAACAACAAAAGACGUUAAAAUAACAAUUUCAGAAUUUCAGAAGGCUAAUCAUAAUGAUUUACAGGCUGCAUUAGAUGGUUUUACAGUCACAGGAAAAGUAAGGAAUUUCGUUGACAAAAAAACUAAUAUUAUCACAGACAAUUUAUCAAAAAUUACUCAGCACAUUACAACUCAUAUUACUAAGGAAGAACUUAAAAACGAAACUACAAAUGAGGUGGCCGUUCGAACAAUUACAAAAACUGUAACAGAGAAUAUAAAAGAAGAUGGAUCAAUAGAGACUACCAAAGAUGUCCGUACGCAAAUCGUUUAUUUACCAGAAGGGAUGGUUUUCGAAGAUCUUACGCUAGAAGAAGGUGAGGUAGAGACGACAAUCCAAGACAAAGAAAGCCCAAAGAUUGUUAAUGUUAAACCGAUUAUUAAUGAAUUAAAUAUUAUGCCAUCUGAACAAAAACACCAAGAAAUAGAACCUAAAAAGAAACGCUCGCCUGUGGGUGAAAUAACUACCGAAACUGAAACAUUUAAUAAAAUAAUAAAAGAAGGUGAUAAAGAAAUUCAUCAAACAGUAACAGUCGUGACUACAAAAGAAGUUAUUAGUCCUGAGAAAGUAAAAGUAACUGUAGAAACAACAACUGUGAGUAAGGGGAGUGACGGUGUAACAAAAACUACAAAAUCAACAAAAACAACGAUAUCAGAAUUUAAAGAAGAAUAUGAAGAGAUAAUUGAUACCGGGGAUUAUGAUAAAUCUCCUUCCAAAUAUUCAUCUAAGGCAGGUGAUAUGCGUAGUUCAUCUGUCACUAGUGACUAUUUAGAUCAGCUCGGUAUGGCUACUCCACCUUCAGACAUUAGUUCUCGAGAAUCAAGAGUAGCUACGCAUGUGUGGGGAACAGAAAGUAGUGGCAUGUAUUAUAGUGAUGAGGAUGGUCAGGCUAGUCCAAGUAGCACAAAAUCUCAAAUAGCCCAUUCUCCAAAAUCAAACCUUAGUUUUGAAUUACCACUUCAACAACAAGAUCAAGACGAUCCCAUGUCUAUGUCAGUAUAUGGUCAACUUCCAGGUGAUUUUGGACAAUAUUCUGUAGACACGGGGACUUCCAUAAAAAAAAUGACUAGUGACUUCUUAACACAUGAGAAAAUUAAAACAGAAAGUGAUCAUUCAAAUGAAGAUUCCGUUUCUAGGUUUUUGAAAGAAGCUGAUGAACAUUUUGAAAAAGCUAUAGAAGAGCACAAAAAAAUCAGUGGUUCGACAGUUAUUUCUAGUAUAACAGCUAAAUAUGAAUUAGACCAAGACAGUCAGGCUGGUGGUAGUAAAGAAACUGCAAUGUCGCAGGAGUCAACGGUAACGCUCAGGGAAUUUAGAUCAGACUCGAAGAAAUCAAGUUCUGAUCGUGAUAAAAAUACAAAAAUGGCUAAUACAAAAUCACACGAAUUAUCCAAAGAUCCAAUUGAAUCCUGGGGUAAACCACUCGGAUUACCAAGUCCAAUUUUACCUUCGGAUGGCAAAAGUACUCCAAAAAAACAUGCUGCCAGCUCAUCUGUAGCAAACAAAAAUAAAAUGAAUCAGGAUAAAAACAAAGAAGCCAGAGUGACAGAAUCUCCAAGUAAAAAGAAGACACCGACACCUAUUUACAUGGACUUAACCUAUGUUCCACAUCACGGAAAUUCCUAUUACUCUGCCAUGGAAUUUUUCAAACGUGUACGGGCUCGUUAUUACGUGUUUUCGGGAACAGAGCCUUCUAAGGAAAUAUACAAUGCACUCCUAGAUGCUAAAAAAACGUGGGAAGAUAAGAAUUUAGAAGUGACAAUUAUACCUACCUACGACACCGAUGUUCUCGGCUAUUGGGUAGCGGAGAACGAAGAGGCCCUUGAGAAAUAUAAAAUAGACCUAUCGCCUUCUGCUUCACGGUGCACCAUCAACCUACAAGACCAUGAGACCUCCUGCGCGGCCUACAGGCUAGAGUUCUAGGUGUCGGGUCUAUUUGUUGACUUCUCGUCGAAGAAGUAAGCUUCCCUCUAUUCUGCAAGUGAAAACGAUUCUAAUUCACUAAUAUUUAGCGCGAGGACACUAAUUCGAUGAGAAUGUUUACAAAUAGAUACUUAUAUGUGAUAUACUUUAGACAGACUGUUGUGAAAUUGUAGUAAUUGUAGAUGAUAUAUUGUAUACUCAGAACAUCAACUAUACUCCAGCUUAAUAUUUCGGACAUGAGUCGAAUCCUAAUGAGACGUCCUCGAUCGCAUCCAUCAAUUUUCGACCUAAUAACAAAAACGUCCAUUUUUUUCUAAACUGUUUUCUAGUAGCAACAUGCCAUUUAAAAUCUUAUAUUUCUGAUAAAUUUUAGUAUUUGGUCUUAUACAAUCAGUAGUGCUUUUAUAUACGAUUUUUAGCAUAACCAGUCCAUUUUGUUUAGCCAAAACAACGCUUGUGCGAAAAAUCUAAAUUUUUGAAAAAUUAUUUUGCUAUCGCAUUGUGAGAUUUAAAAAAUAAUACGAUUAUGAAACGACUCGGCCGCAGCCGCCGGCUUUAAACGGACGUGAUUACGAACAAAUUCGAUAAAAAUAUAGCGAUGAUCAUACUCAUUUGUAAGGUUUUCCUGAGCAACAUAAUUUUUUACGACCAGAAAGAAACUGACUAAGAAAUAUAUAGAGGUCUUCAAAAGACACUGUGCAUUAUGCACCAAUCGUUUGAUAGAAGUAAUAUAAUUGUUUCUUCAGAUUAGAAAGGCAAAAUCUCUUUAAUGUUAUUAAUAUAAGCCAACCUCUGUCAGAUAAUUAAAAAAAUAUCCUCAUUAUUUCUUUAAUUAUUUUGUCAGGUAAAAUUCGUAUAAUGCACAAAAAUAGUACUAAUUGAAUAUAGCUCGAACAUUAUUAGAUACGCCCAAAGCCUGCAUGGGACUUCUAAUGAGUAUCGAGCAAUUAAAAAUUAAUUCAUAAUAGAUAAGUUCGAGCCACUACUGCGAACAGUUUUACCGAUACAGGAACUUGUUAUUAUAAUUUAAAAGUCAUGAAUAAUUCACCAUGAUGUAAAGUGCAUCUUUACGGCGAUGUAUUUUACCUUAGUUCAAGAACAGUUUUUGCCUUUCUAAACAAUCAACGAGCCUAAGACGAUAGAGCUUAAUUCAUAAUAUAAAAAGGUUUAUUAGAAAUACUAAAUACAGCUGAGUUGUGUUGAUAUUUAAUUUAUAUGUACCAACUCUAAUAUCUGUUAGACAUACAGUUUUGGUGUUUAUUAAAUUUAUUUCGUGUUAUGGUGACUCAUAAAAUAUUUGAAUCUCUAAUCCUUUUUACAGUUAAAAUUCAAUUCAAUAAACAAAUUUCUAGUCGAGUCCCAAAUAUAAAACGAUAGAUACAUAGUAUUAUAAUACGUUCCUAUUUGCAUUGAUUUUUGACAUAAAUAAUUUUGUUAUUAAAUAUUUAUUAUUGGUGUAACGUAUUCAACGUAAUUCCUCGAUAUUGAGUGUAUAGUGCGAAUGGUGAGCGAAAGGUCAUUAUACCGUCUAGUCUAGGACGUAAGCUUGGACUGUUCUCAUAAUAAUAUAAAAAAGUCUUCAUAAUUUCAUUUUUGCCAAUGAAAAUAAACUUUUAAGUCAAUUAUUUUAAGUCAUCCAUAGCGUUAAGCUAAUCUUAUGACUACAACUAUUGCUUUCUUUGCCAAACCUACCUAUAGAGAACUUUCUGUAUAUUACACGCACCAGCACAAUGUAUUUAUCUUUAAAAACGAACGUUUGUAAGGACAAAACUACUAAUAAUUCUAUAAAUACUAUAUAUUUUUAUGUACGAAUAACAGUUUAUUUAUAAUUAUUUUUCUUAUAUGGCUAUAAUAUAUUGCGUGUUAACUUGUGUGAGUGAUAGUAUUUUGCUUAUAACAAUGGACCGGUACAGGGGGUUACUAACUUGCAUGAGAUGGUAUAUCCGGUCAUCGACUGCUAGCGAUACAUCAUCCAACAACAGUUUUAUAAGAUCACAAUUCCCAUAGCAUUUUUUAUUUACUAGAUAAUAAUGUUCCAAAUCGAUCUUACUUCUAGCUGAAGGCUUUUUAUUGCUAUCAUAUGUGGAGAUGAUGUAUCGGAAGUAGUUGAAGACAAGCUUUAAGAGUGCUAGUUUUAGCCUUUUCCUCUCGGAUGUCUCAUAAUUUCAAUUGGCUUUUUAGCCGGACCCGAGAUUUACUAUUGUAUUUAUAGCUAGAAGUCUAAUUAAUGCAUAUUAUUAGGAAUAUUAAAAUGUUGUUAAUUAAGAAUUGUAUCAGCUUAGAAAACAUCAAUAGCUCUGAAUAAAGUCAUUAUUAAAAUUAUUAAAUGUUGCAUUUUUCAAACGCGUGUGUUAGUUUUGUCUGCUGUUACAAAAUUUAUUAUAUCUAUAUCAAAGUUAAUUAUAAUGUUAAAUUAAUGUUCAGAUAUCCGGAAGGGUGUUUUUAAUUAAAAAGAGGAUUUUGUUCCUAUUGCUUCGUGUUUUAUGUAUAAAAGAUUUGUUAGGAAGACCAUUGUGUAGAUAGGUUAAAACCGGGAUGUAGAUAUUGUUCGAUAGAGUGGGAGAUGUGGUGCUAACAACCGAUUGUGCUAGGUUAUUGGCCAUUAACAUGACGAUUGUGGUGCGUACAGAACAUACUAUACUAUUUCCAGCUAAUCAUUAAAUGAAAAUGUAAGCUCAGGAUGAAACCGGCAUUUAUUUCUAUACGCACCAAUUUUCGUCAUUUGGCUGACACGCUUAAUGGUAAGAAUGGCUGCUUAAGUGAUAUUUUAUAUGAAGUUGUUUUAAUUUUUGCUAUGUUUAAUAAUUUAAAUAAUGAUAUUAGUCCCUAUGUGGAUGUUAGUUAUCUGUAACUAUUAUUGUAUUAUGUAAAUUAAAAUGAUAAAAAAAGAUUCAUUGUAUCAGUCACGUCGCUAUUCCCCAUUCAGCGUGUUUGGUGAUGUAUAAGAGAUUAAAGUAAAUAAAAUAUAAAAAAAU